GCGUGAUAAGAUCAAGUCAAGUGUGGGUCCAAACUCUUGUUGGAAGCCCGGCGGUCUUGGGAGCCUUCCUCCACCCUCACAAAAUUCUCUUUCCAACGCACAAAACGCAAUUUUCGAAGCAGCCAUUGUACAUGCAGCGUACUAGCUAGUGGUGUCGGACAGCUCCCUCGUUCUGUCCGAGGUUUGAUUCCGCUAAAAAGUUAUUACACCAAUGUAACUAGUACUUGACAUUCCCUUCCGACCGCCAUAAAAGACCUAACGCUUGAUACCGUGCCAGGCUUGGCAGGAACAAGGCCAGCUGUACACACCUCCACAAGAAGCCAUUCUUUAGAAAGCACCAUCUAUCUUUACCAUGGAAGUUGCUGCGACAAAAGCAAACGCUGCCAAAACUAGGCGGUCUCUGCGAUUCUUGGCAGCUUCAUCUAUUCUGUUGUCAAUGUUGCUUCAGUACAUGGGCAGCAGCGGCCAUGAACACCGAUUGUUAAGGAUCAAGGAGGCUUUCGAAGACUUGGCCAUGUCCCUACCUUCUCCCGCCACCGAUCUGGGUUUCAUAGGAAACAGUAGCGAUCACGAUGCACUGAUAUUUCAUAAUCCACGUCGAUUUUCCAACAAUAUUCAGCUCAAUGUAGAUCGUGGUCUCAACAUCAUCAACUGCUGGAGUGGACAGACCAUUUCUACGUGGAUUUACGCGGGAGAGGAACAAAUUGGCGGGAAAUUCCUCACUUGGAAUGCAAUGCCCAAGGACAAGUGGGUGUAUGGAAAGGACGAUGCCAUCCACAAGAUCGGGGCCAAUGACACCAUUUUCGUAUCGUACAUCAAAAUGCCAGAGUUUACACACAACUUUCUCCCGCACAUUGAGCAAGAAUUUGUCUUGAUUACCGAAGGUUGGCAUGUCCUGUAUCCCGAUUGGAUUCACAGCAUUUCCAGCAACAUUGUGGAACACCCCAAACUCCUUCAUUGGUUUGGCAACAACAUUGGCAACUACACGGGAGGCCAGGAACGACAUCCCAAAGUGAGUCCAUUCCCUUUAGGGCUCAAACCCAACAUGCCGGGCGCCCGCAUUGGAACCUAUCGCGCUCCCAUUCAAACAUAUCGUGAAAUCUUUAUGGAAACACUGCAACAACCUCCCAACAAGACGACGGGUGUCUUUGUAGGCUUUCUGCGGCAUACCAACGACAGACGCAAGGCAAUUCCAUCGUCGGGGCAGAAUCUAGACUAUCACAGCUACCUACGAUCGAUUGCACAAUCGGACUAUGUGUUAUCCCCCGAUGGUGAUCAUCCUGAUUGUCAUCGUCAUUACGAAUCACUGGGUCUGGGAGCCAUGCCAAUUACCGAACUGGAUCCGUUUUUGUUUCGACAUUUGAACGAAGGACCCGUAAUCUUUUCCAACGCCAACUGGAAUGUGACGGAUCUAGAGGCCAAGCUACCCGCCCGACCAAGGGUCAACCGGAACUUGGUGUUCGAGGAGUACUGGAUGGAGUACGUGGAACGAGUUGUGGGACGACCCUUGCGGUGGUGGGAUGUGGUACAAGAAAAUGCGUCUUUGUUGGAGGACUUUGCCGUCCAUGCCAGCACCAGCGAGACUUGAAUCAGCGAGACUCUUCGCUUCACUGCGAAAGGCUGUCCCAACAAUACAGAACUCAAUUGUAGUUGUACAAUAUAGCAGCUUUUUGACUGGU